AUGCCGCAGGGCGCCCGGAGAGAAAGGGUGGGAACCCUGCGCCUUAAGAGCCCGCUUUUCUCGACAAAUAAAGGUCAUAGACACAGUGUCUGCAGGCGGAGCUAACUUUAUGAGGAUUCAUGCUGUCGCGGGAACACCGACGGUGGAGCCCCACGUAGCAAGAAGAUGACCCGAAGUUGCUCGGCAGUGGGCUGCAGCACCCGGGAUACCGUGCUGAGCCGGGAGCGCGGCCUCUCCUUCCACCAAUUUCCAACUGAUACCAUUCAGCGCUCAAAAUGGAUCAGGGCUGUUAAUCGUAUGGACCCCAGAAGCAAAAAGAUUUGGAUUCCAGGACCAGGUGCUAUGCUAUGUUCCAAACACUUUCAAGAAAGUGACUUUGAGUCAUAUGGCAUAAGAAGAAAGCUGAAAAAAGGAGCUGUGCCUUCUGUUUCUCUAUACAAGGUUCUCCAAGGUGUACACCUUAAAGGUAAAGCAAGACAGAAAAUCCUAAAACAGCCACUUCCUGAUAAUUCUCAAGAGGUUGCUACUGAGGACCAUAACUACAGUCUAAAGAGACCUCUCACAAUAGGAGCAGAGAAAUUGGCUGAGGUGCAACAGAUGCUACAAGUGUCCCGAAAAAGACUGGCUUCCGCAAAAAACUACAGGAUGAUCAAGAAGAGAAAGGGCUUACGAUUAAUUGAUGCACUUGUAGAAGAGAAGCUACUUUCAGAGGAAACAGAGUGUCUGCUACGAGCACAAUUUUCCGAUUUUAAGUGGGAGUUGUAUAACUGGAGAGAAACAGCUGAGUACUCCACAGAAAUGAAGCAAUUUGCGUGUACACUCUACUUGUGCAGUAGCAAAGUCUAUGAUUAUGUAAGAAAGAUUCUUAAACUGCCUCAUUCUUCUAUCCUCAGAACAUGGCUGUCCAAAUGCAAACCCGGUCCAGGUUUCAGCAGCAACGUUUUUUCUUUUCUUCAACGAAAAGUAGAGAAUGGAGACCAGCUAUAUCAGUAUUGUUCACUGAUAAUAAAAGGUAUAUCUCUCAAGCAACAACUUCAGUGGGACCCCAGCAGUCACCAUUUGCUAGGGUUUAUGGACUUUGGUCUUGGCAAACUUGAUGCUGAUGAAACGCCACUUGCCUCAGAAACUAUUUUGCUCAUGGCAGUGGGUAUUUCUGGUCACUGGAGGACACCUCUUGGUUAUUUUUUUGUAAACAGGACGUCUGGAUAUUUGCAAGCUCAGCUGCUUCGUCUGACGAUUGGCAAACUGAGUGACAUAGGGAUCACAGUUCUAGCUGUCACGUCUGAUGCUACAGCUCACAGUGUUCAGAUGGCAAAAGCAUUGGGGAUACAUCUUGAUGGAGACAACAUGAAGUGUACAUUUCAGCAUCCUUCAUCUUCUAGUCAACAGAUUGCAUACUUCUUUGAUUCUUGCCACUUGCUUAGAUUAAUAAGAAAUGCAUUUCAGAAUUUUCAAAGCAUUCAGUUCAUUAAUGGCACAGCACACUGGCAGCACCUUGUGGGGUUAGCAGCACUAGAGGAACAGGAAUUAUCAAAUAUGGAGAGAAUCCCAAGAAAACUUGCAAAUUUGAAGAACCACAUACUGAAAAUGAAUUGUGCUGCCCAACUCUUCAGUGAGAGCGUGGCCAGCGCGUUAGAAUGUUUGCUGUCAUUAGGCCUGCCUCCUUUUCAAAACUGUAUUGGUACCAUCCAGUUCUUACGCUUAAUUAACAAUCUGUUUGACAUUUUUAAUAGUAGGAACUAUUAUGGAAAGGGACUUAAAGGACCUCUAUUACCCGAAACUUUUAAUAAAAUCAACCAUGUGUUAAUUGAAGCCAAGACUAUUUUUGUUACAUUAUCUGACAUUAGCAAUAAUCAAAUAAUUAAAGGUAAGCGAAAACUGGGAUUCCUGGGAUUUUUGCUUAAUGCUGAGAGCUUAAAAUGGCUCUACCAAAAUUACGUUUCCCCAAAAGUCAUGCCUUUUCCAUAUCUUCUGACUUACAAAUUCAGUCAAGAUCAUCUGGAAUUAUUUCUAAAGAUGCUUAGACAGGUAUUGGUAACCAGUUCUAACCCUACCUGCAUGGCAUUCCAGAAAGCUUACCAUAAUUUGGAGACCAGAUACAGAUUACAAGAUGAGGUUUUUCUAGGUGAAGUAAGCAUCCUUGACAUUUCAGUUGCUCGAAGGACGGACUUGGCCCUUUGGACAGUUCAGCGUCAGUAUGGUAUCAGCGUUAUAAAGACUCUUUUUCGCAAAGAGGAUAUUUGCCAAGACUGGUCUGACUGUUCGCUAAGUGAGGCAUUACUAGACCUGUCAGAUCAUAGGCAAAAUCUUACCUGGUGUGCUGGUUAUAUUGCAAAUAAGUUAUCAGCUCUUUUAACAUGUGAGGACUGCAUCAGUGCACUAUAUGCAUCAGAUCUCAAAUCCUCUAAAAUUGGAUCACUGUUAUGUGUUAAAAAGGAAAAUGGCUUGCAUUUCCCUUCAGAAAGUUUGUGCCGAGUCAUAGAUAUUUGUGAGCGAGUCGUAAGAACCCAUUCAAGGAUGGCAGUUUAUGAACUACUACUUCCUAAACAGAGGGAAUUUUAUCUUCAGCAAAAAAUAUUACAUGAGCUUUCCGGGCAUAUUUAUCUUUUUGUAGAUUUAGAUAAGCAUCUCUUUGAUGGAGAAGUGUGUGCCAUCAAUCACUUUGUAAAGUUACUAAAGGACAUAAUAAUCUGUUUCUUAAAGGUCAGAGCUAAAGGUGUAACUCAGUACCCUUUAAAACACCAUUCAGAAAGAACUGAAACGAAAACUUUGUCAAGGAAACACUGGUCAUCUUUACAGAAUUACAGAUGUUCAAGUUUUGCUAAUACCAAUAAAUACAGGCAUUUGCUAAGGAAAGACGGCUGUCUGUUCAAAUGAAGGACCUAAAAUAUAUAUAUAUAUAUAUUUUUUUUUUUUUGCUGUACGCGGGCCUCUCACUGUUGUGGCCUCUCCCGUUGCGAAGCACAGGCUCCGGACGCGCAGGCUCAGCGGCCAUGGCUCACGGACCCAGCCGCUCCGCAGCAUGUGGGAUCUUCCCGGACUGGGGCACGAACCCGUGUCCCCUGCAUCGGCAGGCGGACUCUCAACCACUGCGCCACCAGGGAAGCCCGGACCUAAAAUAUAUUAAAAUUUUUAUUAAAAAUAAUUGGUCAACAUUUACUUUAAAAUUCAACUUACUAUAUUUUUCAAAUUGACCAUUCUGCAGAGUGGACAAGUUUGUGGUUCCGACUUAGGAAUUUCUAUCAUGCGUAUUAUCAAAUCUGCUCGGACUUUGGUGGAACUUGCAAGCAUUUCAGAGUUACCCAAAAUGUAGAAAGCAGUAAGUCAGUCAGUAGGAACAGACUAGCCAACAGGUGCUGUCUUUGAAUUUACUGUUAUACGACUGAUUAAUCUGACUGGACAUACUUCGAAAACAAGGGAAAUAAUGACGAGGAGUCACCAAAACAUCGAC